AAGCGAGCGUAGUUUUCCCGUUAGCCUCGCCCACUCGCUCCACCACCUGUGUUUGGCUGCUGGGUCGGGGGAUGGACAGCGUUCUCGCAGGGCCCUAGGCCCCUGCCAUGGAUGAGGGUGGCUCACGCAUCAUCCGGCGGGUGUCUCUCCGCAAGAGGAACCGUCCUAGUCUAGGGAGCGUUUGUGCCGCCCCCGCCGCGGCUGAGCUCAAACCGGGGAAUGUGGAGGAUGAGGAGAUGGUGGCUGGGAGCCGGAGGCGGAAAACCGUGGGCGUGCAACCCGUUGAGUAUGACAGUGAAGAGGAUAUGUUUGGUGACUAUGAUAGCUUUACUGAAAACUCUUUUUUAGCUCAAGUUGAUGACCUGGAACAAAAAUAUAUGCAACUUCCUGAGCAUAGGGAACAUGAUACAGACCUUGCCAUUGAAGAUCUUUGUUCAGAAAGCAUCAAAGACAGUAAACUCAACAUUACUACUGUAGACAACUUUACUGCAUUGAAAACUGAUGAGCCCACAAAGAACCAGUGUGGGCAGGAGGAUGUUGCUAUUGAACCUGGAACUGAUCUUUUGUAUGAUGUACCUUCUUCACAGGUUUUAUACUUUGAAAAUUUGCAGAACUCUUCAAAUGACUGGGGCAAUCAGUUUACUAAAGAAAAGGAUUGGAAUUCAUCCUCUCACCAGACUGUGAAUGAGGAAUUGUCCCAUAGUUGCAUAGAGCAACCCCAACAAAAUGAUCAAUCUUCUUCUGAAGUACGAACUAGUUCCGAUACGACUAGGAGAAAAAGUCUUAAAGAUCAUCUAAAAAGUACCAUGACUGGAAAUGCCAAGGCCCAAACACCAGUAUUUUCUAAGACUAAACAGCUCAAAGAGACUCUCCUAUCUGAAGAAAUUAAUGUUGCUAAGAAAACACUUGAGUCAUCAUCAGAUGACCGUGGUCCUUUUUAUUCAUUACCCAGCAAAGUGAGAGACCUUUAUGUUCAGUUCAAGGGAAUUGAAAAAUUAUAUGAAUGGCAACAUACUUGCUUAACUCUGAAUUCUGUGCAAGAAAGAAAAAAUUUAAUAUAUUCCUUGCCAACGAGUGGUGGAAAAACUCUUGUAGCUGAGAUUUUAAUGCUACAAGAACUUCUUUGCCGGCGGAAAGAUGUUUUAAUGAUCCUACCAUAUGUAGCAAUUGUCCAAGAAAAGAUUUCAGGUUUGUCAACUUUUGGUAUGGAGCUGGGUUUCUUUGUUGAAGAAUAUGCUGGAAGCAAAGGAAGAUUUCCUCCAGUUAAAAGAAGGGAAAAGAAAUCACUAUAUAUUGCCACUAUUGAAAAAGGACAUAGUCUGGUGAACUCCUUGAUUGAAACUGAAAGAAUUAGUAAUCUGGGUCUGGUUGUUGUAGAUGAGUUGCACAUGAUUGGCGCAGGAAGCCGUGGGGCUGUACUGGAAAUGACUCUAGCAAAAAUCCUCUACACCAACAAAACAACUCAAAUUAUUGGAAUGAGUGCAACAUUAAACAAUGUUGAAGACCUACAAGAGUUCCUUCAAGCAGAAUAUUACACCAAUCAGUUUAGACCAGUUGAAUUAAAAGAAUAUCUGAAAAUCAAUGAUGAGAUACAUGAGGUUGACAGCAAAGCUGAAAAUGGCAUCACUUUUUCACGUCUCCUUAAUUAUAAGUAUUCUGAUACCCUGAAAAAGAUGGAUCCUGAUCGCUUGGUAGCAUUAGUAACAGAAGUUAUUCCCAAUUAUUCCUGCUUAGUUUUUUGUCCUACUAAGAAGAACUGUGAAAACGUAGCAGAAAUGAUAUGCAAGUUUUUAAGCAAGGAAUAUCUGAAACACAGGGAGAAGGAAAAGUGUGAGGUAAUUAAGAACUUGAAGAACAUCGGUGGUGGCAACCUAUGUCCUGUUCUGAAGCGCACUAUCCCAUUUGGAGUUGCCUAUCACCAUAGUGGUUUAACCAGUGAUGAAAGGAAGCUCUUGGAGGAGGCCUAUUCCACAGGAGUUCUCUGUCUUUUUACCUGCACGUCCACCCUAGCAGCAGGUGUCAACCUACCAGCUCGUAGAGUUAUUUUAAGAGCCCCCUACGUUGCCAAGGAAUUUUUAAAAAGGAAUCAAUAUAAACAGAUGAUCGGCAGAGCUGGCCGUGCUGGAAUAGAUACUGUUGGGGAGAGUAUCCUUAUCUUGCAAGAGAAAGACAAGCAGCAGGUACUGGAGUUAAUAAAUAGUCCAUUGGAAAACUGUUAUAGCCACCUUGUUCAGGAAUUCACCAAGGGAAUCCAGACUUUAUUUCUCUCUUUGAUUGGUUUGAAGAUCGCAACAAAUCUUAGUGACAUAUAUCACUUUAUGAGUGGCACAUUUCUGGGGGUUCAGCAGAAGAUUUUGUUGAAAGAAAAAAGUCUCUGGGAAAUAACUGUUGAAUCACUUAGCUACCUGACAGAAAAAGGACUGCUACAAAAAGAUACUAUUCGUAAGGCUGAAAAAGAGGUCGAAUAUAAUUUCCAUAUUACAAAGUUGGGACGAGCUUCUUUUAAGGGAAUGAUAGAUUUGGCGUAUUGUGGCAUUCUCUACAGAGACUUGAAGAAAGGUCUUGAAGGACUUGUACUUGAGAGCCUUCUUCAUCUCAUCUACCUAAUAACUCCCUAUGAUAUGGUUUUCCUGUAUGACCCUGAUUGGAUGAUAUACUUCAGGCAGUUCAGCCAGCUCAGUCCAGCAGAACAAAAAGUAGCUGCUCUUGUUGGAGUCUCUGAAAGCUUUAUUGGGAAGAAAGCAUCAGGUCAAGCAAUCAAGAAGAAGGUGGAUAAGGACAUCGUCAACCGACUCUACCUGUCUUUUAUUCUUAAUACCUUGCUCAAAGAGACCAACAUUUGGAGUGUGUCUGAAAAAUAUAAUAUGCCUCGAGGCUAUAUACAAAAUCUUCUCACUGGAGCUGCCUCAUUCUCAUCUUGUGUGUUACAUUUCUGUGAGGAGCUGGAGGAGUUUUGGGUUUAUAGAGCCCUUUUGGUAGAGCUCACCAAGAAGCUGACUUACUGUGUAAAGGCAGAGCUAAUCCCUCUCAUGGAAGUGACUGGAGUUUUAGAGGGUCGAGCAAAACAAUUAUACAAUGCUGGAUACAAAAGUCUAAUGCACUUAGCUAAUGCAAAUCCUGAGGUGCUAAUAAAGACAGUUGAUCAUUUAUCAAGACGCCAGGCCAAGCAGAUUGUUUCAUCAGCAAAAAUGCUGUUACUUGAAAAAGCAGAGGCUUUGCAAGAAGAAGUAGAAGAGUUAUUGAGAUUGCCUUCUGAUUUCCCUGAUACUGUGGCUUCUCCUAUUGAAAAGGCAUGAAGCUACCUAAUGAGCAUUUUCAAAAAUGAAUUAUUUAUUGUGCAUGUAUUUUAUUAAAGAUUCCCCAUAUUUUAUAAAAGAAAAAAAUACAUUUUAAUUAUACAUUA